CUCCUCCUCCUUCAGAUCCACAGACACAUCACUGGGGGUCUGCCUGUCCGCGCCGCAGACUCUCUCCCUCAACUCAUCUGAACGCGUUUCUCGACUUUCUCUAACCUCCAAACUUUCCAGGAAGUCACUUUUAUAAUAUCUCCAAAUGAUGCACUCGGCACAGAAAGACACCACGUUCACCAAGAUCUUUGUGGGAGGUCUUCCUUAUCACACCACUGACUCAAGUCUCAGGAAAUAUUUCGAGGUGUUUGGAGACAUCGAGGAGGCUGUUGUCAUCACUGAUCGGCAGACGGGGAAAUCCAGAGGUUAUGGAUUUGUGACCAUGGCAGACCGGGCCUCUGCUGACAGAGCCUGCAAGGAUCCCAACCCCAUAAUAGAUGGCAGGAAAGCCAAUGUGAACCUGGCCUACCUGGGGGCCAAGCCCAGGGUCAUACAGCCAGGUGAGGGACUGGACCACGGCUUUAACUUGGAUCAUCAAGGGUUUGCAUUUGGUGUGCCUCAGAUCCAUCCGGCAUUCAUCCAAAGACCUUAUGGAGUCCCUGCCCACUACGUCUACCCUCAGGCCUUUGUUCAACCCAGUGUGGUGAUCCCUCAUGUACAACCGUCUGCUGCUACAGCAACAGCUGCUGCUGCCACUUCCCCAUACCUUGACUAUACUGGAGCAGCCUAUGCCCAGUACUCUGCGGCUGCUGCCACUGCUGCUGCCGCCGCCGCUGCAUAUGAGCAGUAUCCGUACGCGGCCUCACCAGCACCAACAAGCUACAUGACUACAGCAGGGUACGGGUACACUGUCCAGCAGCCGCUCGCCACUGCUGCCACCCCAGGAGCUGCCGCUGCUGCUGCCGCCUUCAGCCAGUAUCAACCUCAGCAGCUCCAGACAGAUCGCAUGCAGUAAACCAUGAAAACUGCCUCAAAGGAGGAAAACGGGAGAGGUAACCACCGCCCAGGAAGAGGAUGAAGUUAGAAGGGGGAAGACCGUAGGGGCUGAACGAUGGUUGUCAAUUUCAGGUUUUAACUUAUCAGUCCUUCUACCAAAGAGCCUGACGAAAAUCACCAAAAAUGACAAUUGAUGAAUUACUGUAUAUUUUAUUCAAGAGCAGGAAAGCAGUAUUUUGUCACUAUUGAAUAUAUAUAUAUAUAUAUAUGAAUAUUUAAUAUUUAUUCAGCAGGAAAAUAUUUAAUGUUAAUUGAAGUAGACUCACUGGACCUCAUGUCAACCAUUGCUGAAUUUUGUAUAUAUAUUGCAGUGGAAUUUGUAUAAAAUUCCCAAGUGCAUUCAUGUCUUAUGAUCAGGUUUCUUCCCGAUUUCUCUGAAAACAAACCAAAACAUUUGCAUACACAUGAGAACAGUAUGUUACGUCAUCAUGCAGUUUUCAGUAUUUCAUAGUUUUGGACCAGUAUUUUGUUUGGUAAAGCUAUGCAAACAUUGAUAUAGAAGUCAGUGUUUUGUUAGGAUUGUUCUAUUUUUAUAACUGUUUGGAGUGAGAUAGAUUAGACACCUUCAACUAGUUCCCUUUAAGAUUUAUUUUCUUGAUGGUACAUAAGACAAAAUGCUGAGGUGACAGCUGAAGCUGGUAAAAGCACUCAUUUUUCUUCCCUUUUUAAAAUGCACGUCUAAUAAGUUCAGCAAAAGGGAAGAAAUAUUGUUGAAUGUGAAUCUUUCAUUUUGACGAUAUGUUUCAUAAUGUGCCUUUGAAAUUAUGCUAUUUAUGUAUUUAUUAUGGAGCCUUACAGUAAUAAACCCUUUACUUUUGUGUUCAUGUGUUUAGUAUGAAGCCUACACUAGAACAUGCCCAACAUGUGCUGCUGUGUAAUGAUCAAGAGCAUAUGAAGGUUGUUCAGACUUGGCUUAAUAAAACAAUACACUGUGUAUAAAGAACAAAAUAUGAGUGAAAAGGUAGCAAUAAUAGUGAAGAAGAAUUUUCUUUUUUUUUCCUGUAGAUUUAAUGUUGUCUCAAAUAGAUUCUUAAUUCUUUAAUGUCGCUUUUUAUACUUGAUCAGUUUGAUAAAGGAUGGUGUGAGAACUGUUCACUUUUUCAUUUUUUUUCACAUUUGAUGUCAUUAGACAUGAAAUGUUUUAUAAUGCAAUGCUAUCACCUGUUUUACCUUGCAUUUUGUAAUGCAUGACUCAAAAUAAUGCAAAUGUUUAAUAAGUGAAAUAAAAGGAAAUUUACCUUCUG